GGUCACCAUUUCAGAAAACAUGGCGGCUCCCAGUAAAUCUACUCUGCUAUUAAAGUCUGUGAAGAAAAUAGUCGUCCAGUUUUGUCCCUUCGAGUCCAAUGUUCGCUCCACACGAGAGUUUCUGGCUUUGGUGGGUUCAGAAAAGGCCCGCUCCACCAACAUGAACUGUGAGGUGAUACCUGUGGUGAAACACGACAAGUCGGAACCAGUGAUCGAUGUGACUUAUGUGGACGGAGAGAGGCUGGUGAUGAAGGGGGGGAGGUUGACCUGCAGCGAGAUGCUGAAUGCGUUUCAGUCCCGCUGUAAAGACAAGGACCCACAGACCCUUGCUGGAGUCAAGAAGUGACCGACUGUUUUCCGCUUGUUUGUAUUUAUAUGUGUAAAAACAUUGGAUGUGCACAAUAAAAUAUGUUUGACUAUG